AUAUAUAUAUAUAAUAAUUAUAAUAAUAAUAUAGUAUAUUGCAUUGGUAUGAGGAAGUAAAGGGGUAAUUUGAUCUUUUAGCUAUUUGAAUAUUUAAUUAAAUGAUAUAAAAAUGUGUUUUAUAAAGCGUAAGAGGGCGCUUCAACAUGACUUUCAAACACUUCAAAUUACAGCUGCUCAUUAUGGUUGCUUUAAGGACAUGUUUUUGAAAGUCACUUCAAUGAUGUAGUGUAUUAAGUAUGUGUGGAAUUCAUUUAUAGCUUUUAUAAAUGAAAUUGGCCAAUUUCUGUCUCUUUUGAGAAGUUUAAUGUGGCGAUUGGCUGAUUUUUGUGAAUACAAUGUGAAUAUGCAUCACCAUGGCAGCAGGACUUCAAUGUCUGUGGAUUUUUCAGAGGCUUAAAAGUGAAGCGUAAGCUCUUAACUAAAGAGAACCAUCACAGAACAGAGAACAUUAUAAAACUCUGUAUUAGGGAAAGAUGUUGAAUGUGGUAGAGAGCAGUUUUUAAAUCAAAUUCAAUGAAUAUUCCAUUUACAUAUUUUUCAAGUUAUAUACAGUGGGGGAAAAAUAGCUGAGAUCAUAUUGAAAUUUUCUAAUUUAACCUGUAAGGUUUAGAAUUUUGAGAAAUGUAAAACAAAGAAGUGUAAAAUGAAUAAGACAUAGAUAUUUAAGAUACUGUGAACCUCUUUAUAAAGACGGUCAGGUGUUCGUUCUUCCAUUGAAGCAAAAAAUGCUUGAAAUUCAGGUUUUACACAAGUUUUCACUUGGAUUAUGUUAAUAAAAUAAUUUAUAAUAAUAAAAUGACAAAAAAAGCAUUUUCCCCACAACAUAGAAGCAUUUUUACUAAUGGUCCUGAUUUUUUGAUCUAACUUUAUGUAAUCUGAAUAUUUAUAACAUUGACAUUGCAAACAUGGAUGUUCCUGGAGUUUUUUAUUCAAUUGCAUCACAGUGUAAUUACCUUUACAGGUUAUUUACCUUUUUAUCCAGCUCCACAGGGCGUUCUUUUCCCCAACCCAAUUUAUUAGUCUAGCAUUUAACCAUCUAUGUGUCUUCCUCUGCCCCCAUCUGAACCACUGCCCCGCCCCCAUUCCUGAUGCUGACUUCUGACUGACCAUCUGACGCUCUGACUCGCCGGCCUAUAGAUAGUGUUGUCGUCUCUGCGUUACGGAAUAAUCAGUGGCUCCUGGGUGGAGCAAGUACAUCUGUGGCGCUUCAAGGGUGUCAUACAGUGUCUGCCAAUUAUCGCCACCACCUUCUGCUGCCACCCAUGGUGCUCUCCUCCUUCAAACAUGGCCUCAUCACUGGCCAGUGGCUGAACAAGGUCAUUUACGUUCGGUGGGACGGCGUCUUUCGCUGCAUCCCUAUCUGUGGCAUGGCAUUUGCCUGUCAGUCGCAAGUAUUACCCACUUAUGACAGCCUGGAUGAGCCCUCGGUGAAGAGAAUGAGCACAAUAUUCACCUCCUCCCUCAACGUGGUCACCACCUUCUACAUCACAGUAGGGUUCUUCGGUUAUGUGAGCUUCACAGAUAACAUUGCUGGGAACGUACUGAUGAACUUUCCAUCUAACCUGGUAACGGAGAUGAUCCGUGUGGGCUUUAUGAUGUCUGUGGCUGUGGGCUUCCCCAUGAUGAUCCUGCCCUGCAGACAGGCCAUCAACACCAUGCUAUUCGAGCAGCAGCAAAAGGAUGGCACCUUUGCUGCAGGAGGGUAUAUGCCACCCCUUCGUUUCAAGAGCAUCACUCUUUGCAUUGUUUUUGGCACCAUGUUGGGCGGCAUCCUCAUUCCUAAUGUGGAGACCAUCCUUGGUCUGACUGGAGCCACCAUGGGCAGUCUGAUCUGCUUCAUCUGCCCAGCUCUCAUCUACAAGAAGAUCAUGAAGAACGCCUGGACUGCACAGCUGGUUCUGUGGGUUGGUCUCGGUAUCCUGCUCAUCAGUACCUUCACCACUCUGUCCAUUUCCUCCAACGAGCCACAGAAAUUAAACCCCCCACUGGAUGUCGCCGCAAAAACUGAGGACAAGCUUCCCAUCCUCAUCCCCCAUGAGAUGCCCAAAGACCUAGUGCCAGAGAAGGGAGUGGAUCCUGAUCCAGGAGAAAAGCCAGAUAGACCCCCAAUAGAGAUUGAAAAGCUAGCAGAGAAGGAAGCAGCAGAGCCCCUUCAAAUUAAAGUACCUGUGGAAGUGGCUGAGGGAAAGAAUAAGGAGGAGGAGGUUCAGCUGGAUCGCCCUGAAGCUGGUGUAGCAGUUCCAGAAGGGGAAGCCCACCGCCAUGAGCCGCCCAUCCCUCAUGACAGAGUUCAGAUAGAUGAGAUCAAAAACCAGGAGGAGCUAGAGGAGGAAAAGAAACAACCUGUAGCUGUGGAGGAAGAAAAUAAACUGCCUGCCAGAGAGGAGGAGGAGCUUCUUGCUGAGCAGGGGGCGGGGCAAGCACAAGAGGUAGGAGAGGAAUCUAUAAAAGAGGAGUCAAAAGAAAAAGAAGAUAUGGUGAAAAGGGCUGUAAAUCAGGACCAGCAUGCAGCUAAUGAAGUGUUGGACAAGGCAGAAAAUCCAGAAGAUCUGAAGAAAGUUGAGCCCUUGGUGGUACAUAAAGAACCAGAAAACCUGCCUGAAGUUAAAGAAAAGCGUGAUGAGAAUGAACCGGCCAAAGAGAAGAUCCCAGAGGAGAUGGACAAGGCCCCUGAACCCCAGGAUGAGAAACCAAAGGAGAAGCUUCUUGGGCAGGAGCACAAGGAAGAGAAGGUUCCAGAUGUUAAGGAUGGAGGAGCAGACAAGGAUGGAGAUGGGGACAAGAUGGAAGUGAUUAAAAAGAUUGUUGCAGAGGGUCAGUUGGAUCAUGCUGUGCUGCUGCAGGUAAUUAAGGAGCAGCAAGAACAGCAGAAAAGGCUUUUGGACCAACAGGAAAAACUUCUGGCGGUGAUUGAGGAGCAACACAAGGAGAUGCACCAAAUUAAGGAGGGAGAAGAAGAACCAAAGGCAGCAGAACAGCAGAAGAGACAUGUGGACCAGGAGGAAAAACAUGAGGAGGUCCAUCAAGUAAAGGAAGCAGAAGCUGAACCAAAGGCAGCAGCAGGAGAGGGUGCAGGUGAGGUGGAGAAUGCUGUGCAGAGGCAGCUGGAAGGGAUAGAGGGGGCAGUGAAGUCUAAAGUUGCCGCUGUUGCUCCUGACCAAUUGCAAAAGCCCCAGGGUGAGCCGGUUCAUGUAGCUGCAGAUGUCGCGGUGCCUGAAGAGUCAGCAGCAAAAGAGGCUCACGUUGCAGCCGGUCUUCCCCACAAUGCCCUUGAAUCAGUGGAAGAUGGAGGUGCUGAAGUUCUCAAAAAGAAGCUGGAGCUGAAAAACCAAGCAAGGCAUGGCGAAGCAAUAUCUGCAGAGGUCGACGCCCAAGGUGUUCCGCUGCACCAACAAGAGCCAGAACCAUCCAAAAUCAAUCCCAACGCUCUAGCUGAGAAAGAGGAGAUAUUGAGACAGAAAUUGGCCCAACUGGAGGCAGAGAAGGAGCGAAUAGAGAAAGAAAAGUUGGACAAGGAAAGGAUUGAGAAGGAAGUGCAGGCCCGUGUUGAGAAGGAGAGGAAGGAGCGGGAAAGACGAGAGGAACUGGCACGCGAGCAAGAGCUAGAACGCGUACGGCAGCAAAAGGAACAGCUAGAGAAGGAAAGGCUUGAAGCGGAGAGGUUGAAACGGGAACAAGAGAAGAUAGAUAAAGAGAUCAUGGAGCGUGCCGAGAAGGAGAAAAGAUUGCUCGAGCACAAGGAGCGGCUAGACCAGCUGCAAGAGGCCAUUGAUGCACGUCGGGAAAAGGGAAUUCUUAAGGAUGAGACUUUAAAACAGGAACGAGAGAAGACGGAUAAAGAGAUCAUGGAACGUGCUGAGAAGGAGAAAAGAAUACUUGAGCAGAAGGAACGGCUAGACCAACUACAGCAGGUCAUUGACGCGAAGAAGGAUCGAAAGCAAAAAGGAGGCAGGGACUUGAAGGAGAACAUAGUCCCACUAGAAGAGAAGAAGAAAGAGGAAAAGAGGAGCAGAGAGGAUGGAGGGGUGGACCUUAAGAGGAGGCGCAGAUCUGUGGACCCUGAGGGUGGAGGAGGUGCUGACCUGGAUCUUCUGCGGGACGUAGGAGGUUUAGACUUAAACGCUGACCUACAGGGGCAGCUGCUGGCAGGGUCUCUGGUUCACACACGCCAGCUUAAACAGAUGUUUCAGAGGCAGGAGAAUGAAGAUUUAGAGUAGGGUGCUCUGGAACCACAUGGUCCUCUCAAAUGGACAUGCGGAAAUGCACGCUUUAAAAACGUACGAAGUGAUCUGGCUGUGAGAAGAAUCUCUUUCCUCAUUUUAAAAGUAGACACAACAUUCCUUUUGGGUUCAUGAUGACAGUGGGCACUUUGAUUUGAUCCUUUAGUUGUCCACCGGGAGCACUGAAUCCACAGUUUCUUAUGAGCUUCCAUUAUUGUUUUGUGUGAGAUUUUGCUGAAUCUGGUGCAAUAAACAGAAUGUCUGGUGUAAUAAACUGAGCGGGCAUCACAUUAAAAAUGGGCGUUGAUGGGCACACGGGGCUUUUCAGAAUACUGUUUUGGACCAUCGCAUAGGAAAACGACACAAGUGUACCCCCUUGUGGCUGCUAUGGUAAAUUAUAUGCCAAGUUGUAAAAUGUAAUGUAGUUAUUGCAUGAAGUUUUACCUUCUGUGAAUGGAAAUAGAAGCCAGAAACUUCUGUCGGCUUUACAAUUAAUAUGAGGUGAAUUUUAAAAAAAUUAUUUAUCUUCGUAGGACCUGAUUUUUUUUUUUUCCUCUCGGGGAACUAUUGGACCAUUUACUGUGCCUUAGGGUUUUCAUUCUGCUAUUCUGUAUAAUGAACAUGGAGUGUUAAAUGUUACCUUUGCCAACAUGUUCAGUGGUAAGUCUCUUAUCUGAGACUACAGUCACUGACAUCUUUGUUUUCCCAGUGUACCUUGUUAAGUUAUAUUAAAGUCUUGGGAGUCCAGGCAGAGACUUCCUUAAUGGUUUUCAAAAAAAUCCUGAAAAUUUUGAGAAUUUUCUGAGAAUUUUCUUUCAUAUUCAUCCAAAGUCCUUUAUGAAAGCAUCUUUUUUUUCCCUUAAUUUCUUUCCUUUUUUUUCCUAAUUUCUUUCUUUCUUUUUUUUUUUAUGCAAUCAAAUGUAUGCCUUUUUAAAGGAGUGUCUUUCAGUGUGGGUCUGCAGUAUCAGAUUUUCCUUCCAAAGAGUUAACUUAUGAUAAUUAAUAGUUAGUAUAUUUAAAAGUUGACUUUAUAGUUAACUAAUAGUUAGUCAAACCAGCUGUAAGUGAAUGAAGUAUGAGAAUCGUUGAUGUUCCGACUGAUGCAAAAUGUCUGAUCUGUAGUUGAGUAUAAUUAUUGUGCAUAUUGUUUUUCUCUUCUAGUUUGUUUCAGUAUGUUUAGCUUGUCUGUGACUCUGUUUUAUCACUUUAUGAAAGUACUCAACUCUCAUCUUUUGAGGUUGGUCUGAAAUUGGACCAUAUAGAUUCCUAAAUUAAGUGUUGAACAUAACAUGAUCAUUUCCUACAGUCAAUUAUUUGUUUUCACUGUGCAUUGGAUUUCUUUUCAGGGUUGCAUUGCUUUGUUGUUCUAUACUACAUAUGUUUUGGCUAUGAAGAUGUGAUUCUGGUCAGUGCCUCAUGGGUUUAUGUUCUGCAGUGAUGUGUAUGUGAAGCCUGUUACACCCACACUGUGUGUGGAUUGCGUCCCCCCCCCCCAACUGCAUUUUUAUAUACCUUUCUGGUUAAACUUGUCAUGGUAAUUGACUAUUCUUUUGAUAAAUUUCCUGAUCUCACUAAUGGGGAUCUUACAUUUUAUAUUUCAAAAGAACAAAUAUAUAUAUAUAUAUAUGAGAGAGAGAGAGAGAGAGAGAGAUAUGGUUUAAAGUCAUAUAAGAUUCAUGAAAUGCUGCCUUCUCAGUAACAUUGCUUACUUAUCCAUGUACAGGUUUUUAAAAGUUACCACGUGAUGUGGAGACCUCUAAAAAAGCUUGUUACAUGUUAGAAGUUGAUAACUGUUUGGCCUAAACCAUUUAUUUUGUUCUUUAAUUGGGUUAAAUUAAUAAAAUGACUUAUGUGUAACAGCA